UCAUUUCCUCUGAAUAAUCUGUGGCUAACCGACUAAAGGAGACGUUAAACGCUCAUCUUUGGAGCCGUGAAGACGGAGAGGAGCUGGGUGGGACCAAUGUAAUGUGGAAAUUCAUUUUUCUGCCUUUAAUUAGCAGGUAUGAACAGGAAACGGGCUCUGAUUUCAGACACUUUCAAGGUGAAGAAAAGAAGAAAUGGCACAGAAAAGUUUGGAGCUGACGAUGACGGAGACGGCCCAACUGACAUUAAAUCCACCCUGGAGUACCUCAGGACUCUGUUUCCCAGAAAGCUCUUCAACGACACCCUACCUCAAAUUGUGCUGAAGCACCAACUGUACAGCAUUCACCACGACAAGACUCUGGUGGACAAGGAGGUGAGUAAAUUGCGAGAACAAGGAGAACUGCUGAUGUUCCAGCUCGGCUUUGAUUCGGAUGCUUUCGGGCUGGUUUUCGCUUCGGACUACAAGGCCAAAGUUCUGGCCGGAGAGGAGGGCAAAGUGACGCGAGCAGCAGUGGAGAAGUUCUUGGAGAAAGCCGUUUCCUCCUGCACCGAUCUGAGCUUCAGCAAAGACAAGAUGCUGAAGGAGUUUCUCUUCACAGACUCUGAGAUAACGCAGCUGGUGAAGUCGGGCGUCCUGACGGUGAGGGAUGCAGGCAGCUGGUGGCUUUCUAUUCCCAACUCUGGCAAAUUCACAAAGUACUUUAUACAAGGCCGUAAAGCCGUGCUCGGCAUGGUGAAGAAGUCCAAAUACAGUGAAGUCAUGAAGGCGGAUAUCGAGGAGCGGCCGACAACUUCACAAGUUAAAUUCCACAUGAAGUACCACAUCCAUGACAUAGUUGGUGCAGAGCUGGUACAGAGCAUACCGACAACUUCGGGCACAUUACUGCGAUUUGUGGAUUCAUGAGCUGCUACAAGGCUGCUAGUCAUCAGCCAGUGAAUGGAUGAGGACAAGAAAUACAAACGACAAGAAAAAAAGACUGUACACCAGUGUUUGAAUGAGGUCCGACUGGAUUAAUUUAAGGUUUCAGACAUUGUUUGCCAAAUGUAUUACCAACCCUUGUGGGUUGAUGAAUCGUCGAUUUUGUUGACAUGACCUCGUGAGGUUUUGAUUUAUCUUGUAAUAAAGAUGAUUUGAAAUGUU